AUGCCGGUGGUCAAAGUGGAGAAAGACCCUCCGGCGGACGCGUCCUCUGCAUGCCCCGACCCUCCGGAGGAGCAGCCCAGAGGCCGACGCAGGAAAAGACCCCUGCAGCGUGGCAAGCCGCCCUACAGCUACAUCGCCCUUAUCUCCAUGGCUAUCGCCAACUCCCCGGACCGUAAACUGACACUAGGCGGCAUCUACAAGUUCAUCACCGAGCGCUUCCCGUUCUACCGCGACAACUCCAAAAAGUGGCAGAACUCCAUCCGCCACAACCUGACCCUCAACGACUGCUUCAUCAAGAUCCCUCGGGAACCGGGGCGCCCGGGUAAGGGCAACUACUGGGCCUUGGACCCCAACGCCGAGGACAUGUUCGAGAGCGGCAGUUUUCUCCGGCGCAGGAAACGCUUCAAGCGCUGCGACCUGAGCACCUAUGCUUCUUAUGCGCUCGAGAAUCCGGUUUUCGCGCCGGUCCAGAUCGCACGAUCGUACUCCAACGCCGCAUACCCCAAUGUCACCGUUAGUCCAUCCUACGGGCAGCAGCUGAGCUCGUCCUACUACCCUUCCCCGUCGCCGCCCGGGUUCGGCCCGGCUCAGACUCGCAAUUUCAGUAUCAACAAUCUGAUCGGAGCACCGGACGGGAUGCCGCAGCCCGGCCGCAACUUCACCCCUGAAGGGAUCACCAACGGGUCCAGCCCCUGCACCCUGGGGCCUCCAUGCUUCCAGAGCCAGGGGUGCGGCGGGACCGUCCCACCUCGUUCCACCGCCUCCGUGCACCCGGGUUUCCCCUACUCCACACCGAAUACCCACCCCCACCUACACCACCACCACGCCGCGCCCCAGGGCCCUUAUGGACAAGGCCAAAGCCAAGUGUACGCUGCAUCCAGUCGCCUAGUCUCCUCAGGGGAGACAGCAGACCACUACGACAGAGUCUCACCAGUCCAACUAGGGUCUUUCUCGCAAUACAACAGCACCAACGCAGGGGGUUACUUGCGACAUCAGCCAUAUACCGGGAACAUGGACAGGUUUGUGUCUGCUAUCUGA